AUGAGGGGAAAUGAGCCCAAAAAGAAGGGAAAAACCCAGAAUGAGGGGGGAAAGAGCCCGAAACAAGGGGAAAAACCCGAAAUGAGGGGGAAAACCCAAAAUGAGGGGGAAAGAGCCCAAAACGAGGGGGAAACAAUGAGGCGGAGCACCGGCGUUGGGAGGCGGGAAGGCGGCCGCCGCGCCUCAUCGCUGAGGGCAUCGCGGCGCAAAGCGAAGCGUGGGGUGCUCUACCCCUACGGGCCGGCGGUUGGGGACGAGGCCACCCCCCAUGAAGACGACGGGAUGAGCCCCGAGAUCCCCCUCCGGGAGACCUUCUCCUUCUACGGCCAACCCCACCACUCCCUCUACGUGGGUCCCGGGCCCCACGGCACGGAGGGGCAGGGGGUGCUGUGGGUGAACAACAACGGAGUGGUGUCAUUUGGGACGGGGGUCCCCGAGUUCACCCCCCAACCCUUCCCGCUGCCCGGCCACCGCCCCUUCGUGGCCCCAUACUGGGCCGACGUGGACACCAGACUGGGAGGAGAUGUCUUCUACCGGCAGAGCCAGGAGCCGGAGCUGCUGGCCCGCCUGGCUCGUGACCUGGCCAUCGCUGUCACCCCCCCUGACCCCGCCCCUCAGCCCACCUGGGCCUUCGUGGCCACCUGGCAUCGCGUGAUCCAGGUCCACGGUGACAUCAUGGCCGAUGUCCCCAUGUCCCUCAGGCACCCAGCUCCAUGGUGA